CAACUGCGGCAUUUUCAGUCCUCGGCGCAGAAGCAUCCAUCCAUCCUGCCAGCCGGGCAGCCAUUGACUUGACCCCUCUCAUCUCCUCUCAUUUCCUCUCUCUCUUCUCCCCUAGCAUUAAAAAAGCCACCAAGGCAUGCAUGUACGUGCCCGCCACCGCCAGCAAACAAGAAACAAACCAAGGCAAACAACCCAACCACACCCAAUCCCAUCCUUCUCCCUUUCCCGCACCCUCACGCCAGAGCCGCUCGAUUCGCUUCGAUUCGACGCACCCCGCACCCCGCACCCCGCUCGCGCGUGGCGCAUCAAUGGCUCGACACCACGUGCCAAGCGGGCCGCCCCGGCCGUGGCUGAAAGUUAUGUACGUAGGCACGCCCACAGUCCACCACCUAAGACCUAGGGAGGUAGGUAGCUUAGCACCCACACCCUUCGUCCUCAAUUCCCAAUCCCCAUCCUCAACUCCACAGACCUUCUCCACUGACGCCAUGACACCUUUCCCCCCCCUCCCUUUCUCACCUCUCCAGACUUCUUCACCGACCGGGCACACCCGCCCCCUCGCUUGCGGAGCAAACAUCCCGCCCCGCGCGGCGGCGGCGGCCGUGCAUGCGUACGUAGGUAGGUGCAUAUGCAAUAGCGGCGCGCGGUAUAGCGGACGUGCGUGCGUGCGUGCAUGCAUAGAACGAUGGCUGGAUGGGUGGGCGGGCCACGUGGUGUUGGCGGUGGUGGCUGCAGACUACUUAUGGCAGGCUGGGUUCUGGACUCUAGACGCUGGACUCUGGGUGUGCUUGCUUGGGGACAGUUAGGUAGUCAGUUAGCCACGACGCUUCUACCACGGCUGUCGAACACAGUGCACGAGCGAGCGCGUCCUGGUCCAAGCCCAAGGGAAGGGGGAAGGAAGGGAAACAAGGGCGCAGUGCUUGCGUAGGCGAAGGAGCGGGCGGUG